GAACAAAUGGUGUAUUAUUAUUUUUUACACGCCUCUCUAAAAUGCUUGAUUCUGAUUGACCAGCAACAACAUUCGAUAGUUCCUUCUUUUCUGAUAACUACUGCUUAAAGGAACACGCCCACAUUUUGGGAAAUUAGCUUAUUCACCGUAUCCCCCAGAGUUAGAUAAGUCCAUACAUACCUCUCUCAUCUCCGUGCGUGCUGUAACUCUGUCUGACGCAGCCCCCGCUAGCUUAGCUUAGCACAAAGACUGGAAAUGCAUGGCUCCAGCUAGCAAACUGCUCCCAAAAAGUGACAAAAUAACGCGGACAUUUUCCUAUUUAUGUGUUGUAAUUUGUAUAGUCACAUCGUGUACAAAUAACAAGCUCGUAUGAGACACGGACAUCUUUUAGUCGUAUAUUGCUGGGAACUAUAUAUUCUCAGGCGCAGCGCUGCUGCUGGGGCGGAGUGAUUUGCUCGCAGCACCUGAGUGAGAAGCCCCGUGGUGAGGAGCAGAGAGUUCUCUCAGAGUUGGAGUAACGGAGUUAGCGAUUGCUAGGUAGUAAAUUUAUUACAAUCAUGGGUGUUUACUGUAUUGUAAAGAGCUGCAACAAUAAACAGGGGAGACCAGGUAAUACCAUGAUGUUUCACAGAAUUCCAACUAAAAACGCUGACCUGAUGAAACAAUGGCUGCUUGCUCUGGAUAUAGACCCACACACACCUGUAGCCACCAUCAAGGGCUAUCGUGUUUGCUCAGAGCAUUUCAGAGAGGAUGACUAUUUUCAUAAAAUGGAAUUUGCUACACGGACAAUGAAACGUGUGCUGAAGGAUACGGCCAUCCCAUCGAUCGUACAGACAGGACAAAGUGGAUCACCUGCGGCUACGGAUGAGCCGAGUGACCUGCAGCUGGAUCUGCCAGAAGUUGAGGAUGCUUCCAGCCUGUUUGCAGGUGUACCACACUCAACCCCCCGAAAAACCUGUACUGCACCCACUGCAGAGUUCAAAUCUCCACUAACUUUGAAGCUCACAAGUCCUGCUCAGACAGCUACAGGGACAAAGCCAAUGAUUGCCUUGGCACCCAGCUGGACACAUCAAUUGGACACUGCUACAUCGUCUAAGAUGAUGGCUACCUGCAGGCCAAAAAAAAGUAUAAUCUUUCAUGAAACACCACAAAUUGAUACUUGUGAAAUGGAUAUCAGUUCAGCAACUUCAGCCUUGGACAUCAGCAUGGCAUCAGAACCUGCCUCAGAACCUGCUGCUGACCCUGCUGACUCCAGUUUUGUCCCUGACACAAGCCCCUCCACCUCUACCACAGGAAGCACAGCAAGUAUUCCUGGACAAUAUAGAGGAUGGACAGAGAGGAAGUGGCUGGUUAAUGAGUCCAAACUCAUGGAACUGUUCCAAAAAUGCACUUUUUGUGGAGCUGCAAUGUGUGAUGUCAACCAAAUUGUGAAAACUUCUGGCAGCAUGAUCAGAAUCAUAUGGAAAUGUGAUAAUGGACACACUGGAGAUUGGGAAUCUUGCCCAACUGUCCGUGGAAUGGCGGAGAACAACCUGCUAUCAGCAGCAGCAACACUCUUCACUGGUGCUACUUACACAGACAUUGCUGAAUGGGCAGGGGUUUUGAACCUUCAGCUACCCCAGAAAACCACCUACUACAGGAUACAGUCUAGCUACCUGAUUCCAGUUAUCGCAGAAGAAUACAAGAAGCAGGAGGACACUAUAAAAGCAAGACUCAUCUGCCAGACUCUAGAUGGCGAGGGAGUGCAGGUCUGCGGAGAUGGAAGAAGUGACAGCCCAGGCCAUUCCUGCAAAUACACAACGUAUUCCUUCAUGGAUGACUUCACCAAUCAGAUUGUCACAUUUGAGUUGAUUCAGGUGACCCAGGCCAAAAGUUCUGUUGCCAUGGAACCAAUGGGUUUCAAGAAAGGUCUGGAAAAGCUACUAGAUGAAGGGAUCCAUGUAAAGGUUGUCACAACUGACAGACAUCCCUCUAUCAGGAAAAUAAUGAGGGAGGAUUUUCCAAAUAUAGAACACCAGUUUGAUCCAUGGCAUACCGCAAAAGCAAUAAAAAAAAAACUGGUUUUGGCAUCCAAUCGCAAGAACUGCAUGGACCUUGCUCCUUGGAUAAAGAGUGUGAGCAAUCACAUGUGGUGGAGCUGUAGUUCAUCAAAAGGAGAUACAAAGGAAUUGCUGAGACGAUGGAGGUCAAUUCUCCAUCAUAUCUGUGGGGUCCAUCGCUGGGAAGAAGAUGGCAUGAUUUAUAAAUGCUAUCACACUGAGCUGCCAGCGGAUGUGCAAAGGAAAAAGAAGUGGUUGGCAGAAGACUCCCCGGCCUACAAGGCCCUUUAUGAAGUGUGCAUGAAUGCACGACUUUUGAAAGACCUGGAACAAAUGGCACUGUUCAAACACACGGGACAACUUGAGGUGUACCAUAACGUCCUACUGAAAUACUGUCCCAAAAGAUUGCACUUCGAAUUUGCGUCAAUGCAAGCACGAACAAUGUUGGCAGUCAUGGACCAUAAUGAAAACCACAACACACAAAGAGAAAUAGCAAAAACAGCAUCUGGCCUCCUAAGACACAAUGUGGUUUUCCAAAAACAAUCCAAACAAUGGAUUGCCAGACCUGUCUACCAGGAAACAACUCAGACUUUCAGGAACGACAUGAUGGAUGCUGUCAUUCAGAGAAGGCUGGAUCCAUCUGUAAAAUACCAAGACCCCUCAUCCCAUUUCAAAGUUCCCCGUUUGGCUGCUAACAUCGCCAGAGUUUCGAAACCCAUGAAGGAGGAUGCCAUUGCCCGACACACAUCAAGGUUCACAGGUCCAGACUCAUAAUAGUAUGCUAGGGUUAUAAAUAAAUAAAUGGUUAC